AUCGGAACGCGAACAAGGUGUCGUUCGUGCACGACAAGCUGUUCGAUCACCUGGUGAACCUGCGCGGAGAACAGUGGAAAGCGAUCAGGGCCAAGUUAAGUCCGACUUUUUCGGCGGCCAAACUUAAGUCAAUGUUGAGCGACAUAAACGUGUGCACGGCGCGUCUGAUCGACAACUUGAACGAGCAGAUAACGAGCAACAGCGGAAUUGUUGAUGUAAGUGAAGCAUCGGCUCAAUUUACAACUGAUACUAUUGGUCGUUGUGCAUUUGGUCUAGAUUUAAAUACAUUAUCAGAUCCAGAUUCAGAAUUUCGUCGUACAGGACGAGAGGUCUUGAUGCCAAGAUUUCGAUCGACUUUACUAAAUCUAAUUAGACUGCUUGGUUUUGGUCGACUUUUAGAUGUAUUUAGAAUACGUGGUAUGCCUAGUUACAUAUAUGACUUUUUUGAUAAUCUACUUGAGACAACAAUAGAACAACACAAACAUGAUGAAAAUGCGCGUAACGAUUUUAUAGCACUUUUAGUAAAGUUGAAAGACGAAGAAAAACUAAAGGAAAAUGAACAAAAAUUAUUUACUGAUGACAUAUUAGCAGCAAAUGCAUUCGUAUUCUUUAUUGCUGGUUUCGAAACUACAGCUUCCACAAUAAGUUAUUGUUUAUAUGAGCUAGCAAUGAAUCCUGAAAUUCAAGUAAAAUUACGAGAAAAAAUUAAGCAAACAUUGGACGCAAACGAUGGAAAGCUUUCGUACGAUACGUUAAAAGACAUGAAAUAUUUGGAUAUGGUGAUAAAUGAAACAUUGAGACUGUACCCGUCAGUUCCAGUUUUAGGUCGAGUUUGCACUCAGAAGUACACGAUUGCAGACAGUAACAUAUCUCUAAAUGUUGGUGAGAGAUUAUUAAUCCCAAUAUAUUCAUUACAUCAUGAUCCUAAGUAUUAUUCAGACCCAAAUAUAUUUGAUCCUGAACGAUUUACUGAAGAAAAUAUAAGUUCAAGACCACACGGAACGUUCCUCCCGUUUGGCGAUGGACCUAGGAUAUGUAUCGGGUUGCGAUUCGCAAUGAUGGAAACCAAGAGUGGACUAGCGGAAAUAUUGUCGAGAUUUGAAGUAUCGCCGUGUAAAAAAACACAAAAUCCAAUCAAAAUUAAUCCAAGGACGAUUUUACUCACACCAAAACAAUCGAUUUGUUUAUCUUUCAAAAAAAUUGAUCAAUAAUAUAACAACCAAAAUAUUCAA